CGUGCACCCUAAAGCAGCCUAAAUUCUUCUAAAGUAAAGUCAUCGAACCUGCGAUCGCUGAUCGAACUUUUUGUGAAAAGUCUUGCCGCCGGUAAACAGGAUCGCUGAAUCACAAACGACUUCCGUGCGGUGUUGUCCUGCCAGACCCUGCUCAUAACCGUGGACAUUCAGAACUUUCUUGCCCGCUUUGAACCUUAAGAGACAUUUAUGCUAUUCCGCAUGUCCUUUCUUCCUUUUCUUCGGCUCGGUUCGCUGGUCGUCAAAUCACCUCCGCAACAGCUCCUGGUCAUCAGGACACAGGGAAUGAGUUCAUCCAACUUAAACAGACCUUCACCUCCUCCCCUUCCACGCGAACUUCAACGGGAGUUCGAAGACCUCCAGCGUAUUGCCCAAAUGCCCCUCUCAUCUCCAACCGUCUCCCACGCUGAAAUAGAGGCACAAAUGUCAUUACACCCAGACGCUCGUAAACCGUUAGCGCCUGAGUUUGAUGGUGAUGUCAAUCCCAGAACUGGCGAACAAGGAGGUCCGAAAAGGGAGCCCGUCGGAAAGUGGAGUGAUGAUGGUGGUGACUGGAGUUUCAAAGGGCGUGUCUCUGACUUCUAGUCAGAUCACUUACGACUAGAUCUUAUAUUAAAACCAAAAACAUGAUGGCAUCUUGGGUUGCCCGAAGCGUCGUCCCUUCUGAAAUCUUGACCGAUGGAGACUAACAGAAUCUACGCCUUUCUAGAUCCUGCAUUGCAUGAUUUCAACUAUAUUCAAGUCGAAACUCGAGAUUCGUAAACGAGCAUUUCAGAAAAUUCUACAUUUAUUUUCUGGAUACAAGCCCCUAGCUUGCGAACAAAAGUUGCGCGAAGGAACCCUUGCAGUCAAAAAAACAGUUUGGCGUCGCACAAGUUACAGAAUUAUGGAAAUAUGUACA